UGCCGGGGACGGGGCUCAUUUCGGAGGGCACACGGGCUGGGAGAGGCUGGCAGGGCUGCGGCUCCAUCAGCCACAGCCGCUCCUGCAGCAGCAGCCUCCUCCCUCCCUCCGUCCGCCCCUCCUCCGCCUCCACCUCCGCCGGCACAGCGCCGGCUCUACCCUUUCCACCCCCGGGACUCGGAGAGGCGGAGGGAAGGGAUGGCGGGGGUCUCGGGGGGCGCUCCCCGGCUGCCCGGGGCGCUGUGCCUCGCCGCCUGCCUGCACCUGGCGCUCGGGAGGGACGCCGGAGCACAGUGGACCCUGGAGAAGUAUUCUCACCAACCAAGAAUUUUAGGUUCUGAUGCUAUUCAAAAAGUUGUGGCAAACACAGAUAUUUCUGAAAUGUGGCAGAACGAUUUGCGCCCUAUCCUGAUAGAAAGAUACCCAGGAUCACCGGGAAAUUAUUUCGUACGACAGCAUAUCAAGCACCGUCUUCAAAGAUUAAAGGCUGGUUGGGAAAUUGAAGAAGAUACAUUUCAGAGAUACACACCAUAUGGAUAUCAAACAUUUUCAAAUAUUAUCAGCACUCUUGACCCCUCUGCAAAACGCCAUUUAGUACUUGCUUGCCACUACGACUCAAAAUUCUUUGGACAACAAUGGCAGGAGAGAGUGUUUGUAGGAGCAACUGAUUCAGCCGUGCCCUGUGCUAUGAUAUUGGAGUUGGCACGUGCUCUGGAUAACAAGCUUCAGUUAAUCGAGACCAGCUCAACUUCAAGACCAGACCUUUCACUUCAGCUCAUUUUUUUUGAUGGUGAAGAAGCCUUUGUCCGGUGGUCCCCUUCCGAUUCCCUCUAUGGAUCUAAACACUUAGCUCAAAAAAUGGUAUCUACUCCACAUCCACCUGGUUCAACCACAAACCAGCUGCAGGGCAUAGACCUGCUUGUACUACUGGAUUUAAUUGGUGCACCAAACCCAGUCUUUCCCAAUUAUUUUCCAAACACUACUCGAUGGUUUCAGAGGCUUCAAGCAAUUGAGCAAAAGCUACACAACAUGAAUCUGUUGAAGAAUCACCUUGUUGAAGGACAGUAUUUCCACAGUACUUUACAUCGAGGCAUGGUUGAAGAUGACCACAUUCCAUUUUUAUUAAGAGGAGUUCCAGUCCUACAUCUGAUUCCAUCCCCUUUUCCUGCAGUAUGGCAUACCAUGGAGGACACAGAAGAAAACCUUGACAAAACCACUAUCGACAAUCUCAACAAAAUCCUACAAGUGUUUGUACUGGAAUAUCUCAACCUGUGAUAGACAAAACAUCAACAAAUUGUACUCCAUUUUAAAUACUGUUUGCCCACCUUCACAUUUGCUAUUUAAUUGAACUGGAGAGCAGUAAAGCAAAGCAAAAUAAGAUAGAUCUUGCUAGACUGAUUAUUGAUUCAGCUGUUCCUGGCCCAAUGUUCCAUGUACCCAAAUAAGAGAGCAUUAAAUAAGAACUAGUUCAGCCUGGAAAGAAUUUGAUCUUUCCAUGUCUUCCCUCUGAAUAAAAAAUAACCCAGAAUUUCUU